AUUUUUCCGAUUGUUCGCAUAUGUAGACGCAUUAUCCACCUACACACGCACACACGCGCAAAUAAUAGGCGGACAAGUAGGUAGCCGAGAGAUAGCUUACAGCAGCGCCACCUUCUGGUACGUCUCGAGCAAACUCGCGCUCUCUCGCGCGCGCACACACCAAGAGAUCUCUGGCUGGCUUUGGCCGUCAGUCCUCUCGGUACGGCCGUGCUGUGUACGUUGUCGACGUCGGCGUUCUCGGCAAACAACGCACACGCACGCACGCACACACAUACACACGCGCGACAGCCAGCGAGGAAAAAAAAACGAAAACAACAACACCGACGACGUUUGCGAGUCGUGCUGCGUUUCGCUCGCGGAAGAGCUAUGCGUGGGUGCACUAUGUGGAAAGCUAGGUGAGAGAAGACUCUUCGGACAAGAUACACGUACAUCUGCCAAGAUACAUAAUACGGAAGGCAAGCGGUUUUCCGCGAGUGCGCAGCGCUCAGAGAAGAGUGCGUGCGAGAAGAGCUGCUGCUGCUGCUGCUGCUGCUGCUGCUGAGGAGCGAGAGAGAACAAGAAAAUGGCUGCGCUGCUACUCGGCCAGCAGCCGGCCGCCGCAUCCCUCUGCAUCAUCUUCUUCCUCGUGCUCGCUAGGAGUCUUCAUGUGUCGGCAGUGACGUGUUACUGCGACGGCCACUGUCCAGACGAGCGACAGAAUGGCACGUGCGAGACGCGAGCAGGCGGCCACUGCUUCAGCGCCGUGGAGGAAGUCUGGGACGCCGAGACGGACGAAUUAGUGCCGGAGUGGUCGUUCGGCUGCUUGCCACCGGAUGAGCAGGGAUUUAUGCAGUGCAAAGGUUACCUGGUUCCUCAUCUACAGGGCAAGAGCAUCAUCUGCUGCAACAACUCGAAUCUGUGCAACAAGGAACUGUUCCCCAUGUACAAGAGCAAGCCGACGGUGCCGCCAGAUCCAAUGGGAAUGAUACCCACCGGACCAACGCUCAUAGUCUUGGCGGUGUCGCUGUCGAUUCUGCUGCUCAUCUUCACUGUCGGCAUGAUCCUCCUGUACCACAAGUACAGGAGGAAGGACCGUGGGCAGUGCCUGGUCUCAUCGCAGGGCACCCUGAAAGAUCUGAUCGACCAGAGCAGUGGCUCGGGCUCGGGCUUGCCGUUGCUCGUGCAGAGGACGAUCGCCAAGCAACUGCAGCUGUCCCAGUGCGUCGGCAAGGGACGCUACGGCGAAGUCUGGCUGGCGCGAUGGCGAGGCGAGAAAGUCGCCGUCAAGGUGUUCUUCACCCUCGAGGAGGCGUCUUGGUUCCGUGAGACCGAGAUCUAUCAAACUGUGUUGAUGCGGCACGACAAUAUUCUAGGCUUCAUCGCGGCCGACAUCAAGGGCACCGGCUCUUGGACGCAGAUGCUGCUCAUCACGGAUUACCACGAGCGUGGCUCGCUGCACGAUUACCUGCAGACGACUGUACUCGAUCAUCCGUCCUUGCUUGCCGUCUGCUUGUCCAUUGCCGCCGGUAUCGUGCAUCUGCACACCGAGAUCUUUGGCACCAAAGGCAAACCGGCCAUCGCCCACCGCGAUAUUAAGAGCAAGAAUAUUCUCGUCAAGAGAAAUGGGGAAUGCGCCAUCGCUGACUUUGGGUUGGCCGUCCGUUUCUUAAGCGAGACUGGCGAAAUUGACAUCGCACCAAACACAAGAGUGGGAACACGCCGUUACAUGGCACCAGAGGUACUUGAUGAGACUCUCAAUACCUCGUCCUUCGACGCCUUCAAAAUGGCUGAUAUGUACUCCGUCGGAUUGGUCUUGUGGGAAGUAUGCAGAAGGUGUGCUUCGGGUGGUAAAGUUUCCACCGCUGAGCCUUACGCUUUGCCUUAUCACGAUGCUGUGCCUAACGAUCCGGACUUUGAGGAGAUGAGACUCGCUGUAUGCGUGAAAAGGUUGCGGCCUACUAUACCUGCCAGAUGGGAAAACGAUCCGAUCCUGUCGACCCUCGCCAAACUGAUGACGGAAUGUUGGCACACGAAUCCGGCAGUUCGCUUGACAGCUCUUCGAGUGAAGAAAACAAUGUCGAAACUGCACAUCGACAACGCCAUCAAGAUCGUAUGAAUUGCCUAAUCUGUCUACAUGGUUGUCAUCGAAGAAGGCGUUCAUUCGUGAAUUGAUCGCCGUACACGAGCGUUGCUCGUUUCUUUUCUUCAAAGGAUGAAGAUAAAACAGUGGCCUAAAUCUUCGCUCGUCGAUGCUCGAUCCACGAAUGCUGUGGCUCUUAAACAAGCUUGUUUUGAUUGAAGUUGUAACAUCCACCCAUGUACAUAGUUUCCCUUUGUAAAUAGCGUUAGGUAAUUGCAGACUGCAGCUGAAGACUGACGAAUGCGAACUGAAAAAACGAAAAAUUUUUAAUGAUGUUGAGUGCAGAUUUUUUUUUGAGAGUAUGAUACGCGAGAAAGAGAGAGCAAUUAUCGAGAUUUAGUUUUUUGAAUGCGAAUGCAAAGUGUACUUUUUAAUUGCCUCUUAGGUUUCGGAUUAACUGGGCCAAAGACUUACGCCGACGUAAGUUGUUAUAAGCUCUUCUAUAUCCUGCAAUAAACUUGGCUUCUACUUAUAUACAGAUUUCUUUAUGUUAAUAAACAAAGCUUUCGAUUGACUAUUAGUAUAUUAAUAUUUCAAUUCCAAGAUAUCAAUGGCUUCGAAUACAUUCACGAUAAUGUAUCUUUGUAGAUAUUUUAGAAAACUUUACAAAUAGAAAGUUGUUCAAAAAAGAAUAUUUAUUUACACGAUAAUUAAACUGCUUGUUUCUAUGUAUGCUUAACUUGAAAAGAAAGCUAUCAAUGAACAGCAGUUAAUGAUAGCUAGAAACUAAUACAUAGUAUCACAAUACCAAAAUAAAUUUUACGUUUCAUACUGAUUUUGUUUGAAACUUCUCUUCAUUGCAAAUUAUAAUCGUUAUAUUACUUUCACUAGUUGUCUCACUUUCAAAGUUUAAUAGAAAGACAUUUCAUUGCAGGAUAUUCGAUUUACAUACUUUUCUUACAUAAAUGUAGCUUCUUAUACAGAGAUUUGCUUAACUUGCUUAUUUUGCCGUGGACCAUGCCAUGUUUUGAGACUGAUCAUGUUAUACAAAUAAUUUCUUUUUGUAAUAUUCAUAGAUAAUAUGGAAUAACAAUGGAUUUUCCUAAGUUUCGAGAUAUGCAACAGUGAACACGAACGAAUGAGAAACGAAUGAUGAACGAUAUUCAUAUUUUUUCGGGUUCCACGAAAAAAGAAAAAAGAAAACGGCUGUCGAGCAACUCUGUGUAAUGCAAUCUACGCCGUAUAAUGUUAAUCCAAUAAAAAAUAUUUGUACAGAUGCGAAUUUUUAUGUUAAAUGAUUUUUAUUCUGUAAUUGUAAGCUAUUGCUUGGCAAGCGAACGACUUUAGACGAACGAUUAGCGAUGCGAUGAAUAAUUAACUAGUAAUGCGGCAAGAUAUGCUGAAGUGAAAAAGUUUAUUUGUUUUGUUACGUGUGAGAGAACGAUACCGCAUAUCUUUGUGAUAAUAAUUGGUUUUCAAGUAAUUGGAAAAAAUAAUAUUUAUGAGUUAACAUUUUUUUUUGCGAAAUCAGCAAGCUUUACAAUUGCCUUAAAAUUGACUGCCUUCAAUGUUUAACUGCUGCUGUGUGUCAGCAAAGCCAUUUGUUACAUGCUAUCCUAAUCUUGAAUUUUCGGUUAGAAAAUUUAUUUGUAAUUAUUAUAUAUAAAUAUGUAUUGUAAACUAUGAAAGAAUAAAACUACGGAAUUUAUAUUUUUAAUGAUUAUUAAACAGAUGUAAACUUUUUCAACA